AUGCGUUUCGCUAUCUCCAUCGCGAUUGACGGUGCGGGCAUCAGCAAGAUCGGGCUGCACGACUUGUGUUCCAACAUCGCUAUAAUCCCGCAGGAUAUCGUGCUGUCCUUGGGCGCGGUGCGUUCAGAUUUGGACCCGUUCGGCCAGUUCUUGGACGAGGCGAACGUCUGUAAAGCGCGCGCUGCUGUAGAAGGUGAUUACCUCGCUGCACGAUUCCAUGGACUAAAGGACUCGAAUUUCAGUGUGAGUGAACGCCAGCUCGUGUCAAUUGCUCGCGCGCUACUGAAGCGUUCGAGUGGUUCUAAUCGUUGA